CGGUUUCUCCAGAAGAGGGCAGCACUAAGUUCACGACGGCAGGUCGGUUGAACUUUGGCACACUGCUCCGUGCACCGACACCGCUCGCGAAGCUCAGGAGACCUCUGCACGACGGGAGAUGACGUCCAAGAAAGUGGUCGAGUUGUUCUACGAUGUGGUUUCUCCGUACUCCUGGAUUGGCUUCGAGGUCAUGUGCCGCUACAGACACGCGUGGAACAUCGAGCUCAAGCUGCGCCCUUCUUUCCUGGGUGGCAUCAUGAAAGGUUCCGGAAACAAGCCCCCUGGUGUGAUUUCAAACAAAUUCAUGUACAUGACCAAGGACCUGAGUCGCUUGUCAGAGUAUUUUGAUGUUCCCUUGCAGUCUCCAUCUGACCCCUUUGAGGCCAUGUUCCAAAAAGGCUCCUUGUCUGCGAUGCGAUUUGUGACAGCAGUACAAGCGAGGGAGAAGGAUGGAGACAAGAAGGUGGAGCGGGUGUCCCGGGAGCUGUGGAGAAGGAUCUGGAUGGAGGACAAAGACAUCACCGAACCGGCAUCAUUCUCUGAGGCAGCGAUGAAAGCAGGACUGUCUGACAGCGAGAUCAAAGAAGUGCUGGAGCUGUACAACUCAAAAGAGAUCAAAGACAAGCUGAAAAGCUCCACGCAGAAUGCACUUGAUCACGGGGCAUUCGGCUUACCACUUGUGGUGUGUCACGUGAAUGGAAAGCCAGAGGUGUUUUUUGGAUCCGACAGAUUUGAGCUCAUGGCUCACUGCAUUGGGGAGAAGUGGCUCGGACCUCAGCCCAACCAAUCAGCAGCCAAGCUGUGAGAUACAAAGCAGGUUCUCAUUGAUGAAUCCUAGUGAUGGUGGUCCCCUGGCGGUUGCUUCGGUGCCAUCGUGAGGUUGACAUUUGUAGUUGUGGUGAAACAUGUCAGCAACUAGAGGACGGAGAGCCAAGACAUUUAGUGUAGACAUGCAUGUUCCCCUCAGGAUGAAUUGUAAUGAGUGGUAAUCUUUAACUUUUGAUCGAGCACCAUCAUCGGGUCAUGAUGAUCCCAUUAGCCUCAGAUGUACAAUGUGGUUGAAUUCAUAUUGAAUAAAUAACACUUUGAUCAUG